UGUGGCUAGCGAGCAGCUAGCAGGUUACGCAGUAGCAGUUUGACGUCGGGCAGGGUCUCAAAAUCGGACCGAUGCCUUAGAAAAGCCUCUCUGUUCGCCCCCCUCGUGUGAUAUGAUCGCUACCCGUUGAGUCCAGCGGCUGGUGCUCGGUGGAAAAGCCGGGUGAAGCGGAUGAUCUCGGCGGACUGCCGCUCGCUGCUCACGGGCUCCGCUUUUGGCCGAGCUAGCUAACGCGCUAGCAGAGCUAGCUGUUCUGUAGCUUGGUAGCGCCGCGAUGGAUCCCUGAAGGAAGCAUAGACUCUGCAUGGCGUCGGGUUGGCAGCAGUGGGAGUGAGCAGCCAAUCACCCGAGGCCACCGGUAGCAACAUGGCGUCCCGUCAGAGGAACUCGGUCCGGAUCCUGUCCAGCCGGGAGCGAGGCUCCCAGACCUUCGGCUCGCAGCGGCUCCUGCAGCUUCUGGUGGAGGAGAAAGUCCGCUGGAUGAAAUGGCAGAGUCAGAAAGUGGAGCUGCCGGACAGCCCUCGCUCAACGUUCCUGCUGGCCUUCAGCCCAGACAGGACCCUCAUGGCUUCAACCCAUGUCAACCACAACAUUUACAUAACAGAGGUGAAGACUGGAAAGUGCCUACAUUCUUUUAGUGGGACCCGUAGAACCCCCUGGUGUGUGACCUUUCACCCUACAAUCCCUGGCCUGGUGGCCUCUGGGUGCCUUGAUGGCGAAGUCCGCAUCUGGGACUUGCAUGGUGGUAGUGAGAGCUGGUUUACUGAGAGCAAUGUCGCCAUCGCCUCCCUGGCCUUCCAUCCAACUGCUCAGCUCCUGCUGAUCGCCACCAACAACGAGCUCCACUUCUGGGACUGGAGCCGACCGGAGCCCUUCGCUGUGGUCAAAACAGGCAGUGACACAGAGAGAGUCCGGUUGGUGCGGUUCGACCCUCUCGGUCACAACCUGCUCACAGCAAUCGUGAAUCCAUCUAACCAGCAGAACGAGGAGGACUCAGAGGUUCCCAUGGACAGUGAGAUGCCUCACUUCCGUCAGCGCUCCUUCCUACCUUCCCAGCCAGUUCGUCGCACGCCCAUCCUCCACAACUUCCUCCACAUCCUGUCAUCUCGUUCCCCGGGGGCUCAGGCUGGAGGUGAGCGGCGCGGCCCUCUCGGUGAAACUGGAAGCAAUAUGGCAGAAUCUCCGAGCAUGCCUUUGGCCCAGUUACCCAGCUCUGAGCGCGGGCCUCCCUUGCCUGGCUGCACCCAGCACCUGGGGAUGGUUUGCAUGUGUAAUCACUGCUCUGAUCGAGCCCCCUCCCAGGCUGCUGAUGGAUCCUCUGUGCCUCCGCCUGAUCGAGUGUCGUCAGACACACUCCAGCCUCCCCCAGCUUCCACCUUCUCUUCGGCUCGUACUGAGCCCCGACAGCCCUCAGAGCGAACCUCCGCCUUUACCUCCGUCUACUACAGCGCCGGCGCUUCUAAUCCCACCGCCCCGAGUGGCCACGAGCCACACUCCAUGUCCAGACCAGGACCUGACUGGACUCGCAACCUGCUGAGUGUGAGGGAGGGUGGGAUUAGUCCAGGCAUGCUGCCUCCCAGAACCUCCGCCUCUUCCUCCAUUAGCCUUCUUUCUGUGCUCCGCCAGCAAGAGGGCUCAUCUCACUCCCCCGUUUACACCUCCGCCACCGAAGGACGAGGCUUCCCCCAACAAGGAGAGCCCGGAGCCCGAGACACUGCCAGCACGAGCAGCGGGCAUCACCCGUUCUGGGACAGUUCUCGCAGCAACACGGCCUCCUUCCGUAAUGUGCUGCAGUGCAACCUGAGCCGCUACUUCCUGGAGAUCGGCCCCAUUGACAUGGAACCGGCACUUGGUGGCGCCAUGGCAGACGGAGGCCAGGAGCAGAGCCAAGAGCUGCUCAACAACAACAUGGAUCCAGACAGACCUGGGCCUUCCUCAUCUUCCUCAACCACCUCCCCCACCAUUAUCCACUACCAACCUCCUUCCCCCCCUCCCCCCAGCUCCCACAGCCUGGAGAACAAUGUCCCUCCCCCGGCCUCCCGAGGACAUCUGAACCGCUGCCGGGCCUGCCACCUGCUCACCUUCAACCACGACUCUCAGCGCUGGGAGCGCAAGGCCUCAUCCGCUUCCACCUCCGCCUCUGCCUCUGCUCUGGAGCCCUCCUCCUCCUCUGCUUCUUUCCCUUCUUCUACUCCUUCUCCUUCUUCGUCUUCUCACUGGCAGCCCGAUGAUGCCAGGAGGACGCAAGAAGUGCAGACACGGGAGAGGAGGGCUCCUCAGGAGUCCAGCGAGCAGCCGCCUCCCCCAGCAGCAACAGGAGGAGGAGGAGGAACAGUGGCCUUCCCAUCUGCCCCGUCCUCCAGCCAGCCUGGAGAGCAGACGGUUGGCCUGGUGUACAAUCAGGACACAGCGCAGUGGGAGAGGGUGUACCGCCAGGCCGCUUCGGGCCGAUCGGCAGAGCCACCGGAGGCCUUAAGCCAAGAAAUGCCUGUUGACCCCCCAGACGAGGACUCCCUGAGGAGGCGACUGCUGGAAUCGUCUCUUCUGUCACUGUCUCGCUACGACAUGUCCGGCUCGAGAGACCAUCCCAUUUACCCCGCCCCAGCCAGGCUUUCUCCAGCAGCUUACUACGCUCAGAGAAUGAUCCAGUAUCUGUCGAGACGCGACAGCAUUCGCCAGCGUUCGCUUCGGUACCAGCAGAACCGGCUGCGGGCCAUGUCAUCAUCUUCGUCGGACAGCCCGGCCAGCAACCCGUCCGGCUCCAUGGACAGCAGCGACGUGGACUUUGAGGAUCUUGACGAUAACGGCGACAGAACGCGACACCGGACGCCUCGAAACGCCAGGAUGUCUGCGCCCUCGCUGGGCCGCUUCGUCCCUCGGCGGUUCCUCCUGCCCGAGUACCUGCCCUACGCCGGGAUCUUCCAUGAACGAGGGCAGCCCGGCCUCGCCACACACUCCUCUGUCAACAGAGUGCUCGCAGGGGCUUCGAUCGGAGACGGUCAGUCUGCAGUCGCCAGCAACAUCGCCAACACCACGUACCGCCUGCAGUGGUGGGACUUCACUAAAUUUGAUCUUCCUGAGAUCAGCAACGCCUCAGUCAACGUUCUGGUGCCAAACUGUAAAAUCUACAACGACGCCAGCUGCGACAUCUCCGCGGACGGUCAGCUGCUGGCCGUUUUCAUUCCCAGCAGCCAGCGGGGUUUUCCAGACGAGGGCAUCCUGGCCAUCUACUCGCUGGCCCCCCACAACCUGGGAGAGAUGCUCUACACCAAAAGAUUCGGUCCAAACGCUAUCUCCGUCAGCUUGUCUCCAAUGGGGUGCUAUGUGAUGGUGGGCCUGGCCUCCCGCAGGAUCCUGCUGCAUCCCACCACCGACCACAUGGUGGCGCAAGUCUUCCGCCUGCAGCAGCCGCAUGGAGGGGAGACGUCCAUCAGGAUGGUGUUUAACGUGGUGUACCCCAUGGCUCCAGACCAGAGGCGCCACGUCAGCAUCAACUCUGCUCGCUGGCUGCCGGAUCCGGGGAUGGGUCUGGCCUACGGAACCAACAAAGGAGACCUGGUCAUCUGCCGGCCUGUGUUCUAUCGAAGCGACGGCGAGAGCCCCAGCGAGGCGAGCAGCGAGCCGCUAUUCUCCGUCAACAACAGUGGAACGAGCCGGACCCGAGGUUCUGACAGACCGGGGCCAAAUCGCUCUGGCUGGAGACUGGACAGAGACAUGGGACUGAUGAACGCCAUUGGUUUGCAGCCCCGACAUCCCGCCCCUUCAGUGACAUCACAAGGAACCCAGACGCCAAUCAUCCAACUGCAAAACGCCGAGACUCAAACGGAGCGGGAGCUGUCAGAGCCCAGCACCUCACAGCCUCCUCAAAAUGUCCCUCCUGAAACUCCAUCCACAAGCGGAGCAGCUCAGGGACAGGUGGAGGCGUCUCAGACCGGCAGAGCUCAGGAGGAAGUCCAGGGUGAAGCUUCAGCAGAGGCCAACACCUCCACCGCUGCUGCAGGAGAGUCUUCGGAGUUCGGCUCCGGCGAAGAUGCUCUGGCAAGAAUCCGCCGACUGAUCGCUGAAGGCGGGAUGACGGCGGUGGUCCAGCGGGAGCAGAGCACCACCAUGGCCUCGAUGGGCGGCUUCGGGAACAACAUCAUCGUCAGCCACCGCAUCCACCGCGGCUCGCAGACGGGGACGGGCGCCUCCAGGCCCGCCGCCGAGCCCGUCACCACAGCCCCUUCCACCUCCGGCCCGCUCCUCAUCACCUCACAACCCCAGACCUACCCACACUCAGCGCCACAGGCCGCAAACCCAUCAGAACAGCUCGCUCCCAUGUGGGGGCCCUCGGUGCUGCCGGGCCCCCCGCCCUCUGCCCUCUCUCUGGCCGUGGACAUGGAUGACGUGUUUGACGGUGGACGGAUGACGGAUGACGACUCCCUGCCGGGUCCCUCUUCCUCCCUGCUGUUGUCUUCCCCUUCCUCUUCUUCCUCCUCCUCUUCUCACAGCCCCCUCCCUGGGGGUGGAGGUGGUCCCAACAGUUACCCCGGCGACCCAUACAGCAGGUAGUCCUGCUAUUAGUCGAAGGUAAAUGGCGCUCCUCAAAGCCUUAUCUCACACAAAAUGGGUGCUGCUUCGACCCCCACACAGGGUCUCCCGUCUGGAAAUGAAGGGACACAAGGACCCCUCCUCACCCCUCCCAGCUCCCCCUUCCUCUCCCUCACUGUCGAGUGGCGUUGGCGUGCACUUCCUCUGCACUUAUGAACCCGGACUGAAGCUGGACCGCAAUCAUUCCUCACAGAAAGGGCUCCUACUUGAACGGAGGCCAGUUGGCACUGAGCUCCUCUCUGCCCGAUUCUCUCCAUGCACGAUGGAGGACGAGGUUCCUGUGAAGCGCCACGCCUGAGGAGGAGGAGGGUUGGGGUCAGCGUGGGGGUGUGGCUUCUCUUUCACAUUUACUCCAACGUGCUGCAUUCAGUGCCAUGUGAUGUUAACUUAGAUGUGAAAUAGUGCGUGAUUGAAGUGUUUCACAGUGAAUUCAGCACUACGUUUUUGUACCGUGUGUAAUUACGAAUCGUGUCGGCGGCUGCGUGCGCCUGAGGCGGGACUCUGCAUCAUGGCAUCGUGGCGAAUAAUCACCAAUGACUGAAUGGACACCUGAUACAGAACAAACUGAAGCUACUGCAUGUCUUUAAAUAAUGCUGCAGUUCAUCAAACAAAUGUUUUUUGUUUUUGUUUUUUAAGGCUGAAGAGGAGAAGAAUCAUUUCCUGUUUGGGGUGAAAAGGGGGUGGGGACUCAUCAUGACCUGCUCUGACCCUUUCCCACCUUCCCAACCUCUCUAAAACCCCCACCCAGUUGCACUACAGUGUGUUUGGUGCUAACAGAGGCCUGAACGUGUGUGUGUGUGUGAGAAAAAACACUUUUUUUUUCUUCUUUUUAAGUGAGCAGCUUUGUUUCCUGUCCGCCUUCAUCACGGUUGUAGAUUUUGAUCUCAGCUGGCGCUGACAUUUAUUUUCCUUCUCUCGGUCGGGGUGAAGGUGUUCAGAAUGUGAGGUCAGGUGAUCACAGGUAGAAGUAUGAAUGCACUGAUCUGACACUGAACUCAGAUAUCAGUCUGAUCCUGACUCAAGCAGAAGUUGUACUGCUACGCAGUGGAGAGGUUUUUCUCUUCAGGCUGAUCCGAUCACUGAGAGCUGAUUGGGAGGACGGUGGGCUUCAUCAGUGUGUUGGGUUACAGUGUGGAGUUUCAGAAGGGUUUAUGGUUACUGUGCACUAACGGCAUAGAUUUAAUGCACAACUAUAAAUCAACAGGAUGAAAUGAUUCAGAAUUAUCAGGCAGGUUUCACUUCAUGUGAACAGCAGUACUUACCGACACUUUAAUGUAGGAAUGACACCAAACCUUACAGAAAAGCUGCAGCGUGCAGGUUUGAUCAUGGAGCAGCAAUUAGUCUGAUUAUUUUAUGACUCAAGACAAAAAUCAUGCAGUCUGAACCUGACAUUAAAAAAAAGCUCUGAGUCUGGAUGCUGAAAUCACGUUCUGACUCCGAAUGUGUGACUUUCACUCCGGUUCAUCCGAUUAAAAACCCUCCAACACACACUUAGAGAUCCUGCUGUUCGUACUGACCACAUGAUGAGUGGACCAGUUGAAGGGAUUUUUUUUUUUUUUAAGACAGAAACCUGCAGAGAAUCUGGUAACGCUCCUUUAAAACUUCUUUUAAACGACCAAAAUAAAUAUGGAGGUUUUCAUUUUCUUCAUUAAUGAGCUGAAGAGUAAAAAUAUGCUAAUGUGCGUUCAGUGGAGAUGCAGUCGUGUGUGUGUGUGUGUGUGUGUGUGUGUGUGUGUGUGUGUGGGGCCUCAGUCUGAUCGUUUUUUCCACUACAGGAACUUAAACCAGAGCAUCUCACAUCUUCAACUCUUAGCACCCGUGUCAUCCUAGUCCAGCACAAACCAACAUUUAAGGUGGUGCUCAGUAACAUCCAAAUAAAAUCCGAGAAUUUUACUCACCCAGCCUGGUGCUCCGCCUUCUUGGAUGGUGUGUUAGUUCAAUGAAGCGCACAGCAGCCAUAUUAUAAUUGCAUUAAAAAUACUCCAACAGCACAAACACAGUCCAGAGGUCCAGAUCAGGGACUCCAGUUAGCUGAGGUGAAGCCUAGCAGACAGCUAGCAGCUACAGCCACCUGUGUCACCGUCUGACAGUCAAAGAGGCCACGCCCCCAGUAAUGCAAACUUUAAUCCUUAAUAAAAUCUGAUCAGCUGAGUUAUGAAAACAUUCUUCAUCUGUGCAGUUGUUACGAAGGGGGAAAUUAGCUAUAGAGACCACUGGUGGGCAUUUGAGGAACUGCAGGUUUGGUGCUUCCUAAUUUGGCUGCCCUAUAAGCUGCUGCUUGGAGACCAGAAGCAGAGCGUGUUGUUCAUAGUUAAAUCUGUAGAGGUCCAAGAAUCAAACCUUGAGGAACACCACAAGCACUUACAGACACUUUAAAUGUAGAAAUGAGGACCUGUGAGCUUUAAGAUUUGGGUUGUUGAGCUCCUGUGGUGGAAAAUGUCUAUGAUUGGUGUCUCCAAACUAACCCCCACCCCUACCUUUCCUCUCCCUUCAAACUCCUGCAGAAGGAAACUUGAAUUUUUGUGAUCAAGCGCAACUUUUCCUUUUUACAGCCUCCAGCUGUCUUUGAGUUCUUGGAGGGUUUUUUGUUUUGUUUUUUGGUUAUUCCACAUGUGCUUAGAAGUUCAUGUACUGAUAGCAUUUAGGUUGUAUGUGUGGGUGGGGUGGGGAGAGGGAAAUGGACCUCUGAAAAUGAAGACAAUGAGUAGGGGAAGCCCUGAUUGGAGCUCUGGGAUUCAUGACACUUUUCAUUGAAGCUUUUAUUUUCUGCAGGUGAGACUCUGAAUGCUCCUCCUGGCUUUUUACUUGAUCAAUGAACAUUUUAAAGCAGUUUGUCGGGUGAAAACGUGUGUGUGUGUGUUCGGUUUGUGUGUGUGUUCAGGUA